GGGAAACUCAACAAGAGUCAAUAAAUUUGAACCCUUCUUUGGGCUCUCUCUCACAAUAAUAAUGUUCGACACGGUCUGUACAUUACCGCUUUCUGCGGAUUUAUUCGCACAGGCUAUCCAUCCCAAGGAGCCCGUCAUCUCUGUUGGGCUUUCCACUGGCCACGUCCAGACUUUUCGGCUCCCCUCCGCGGAAGAAGACAGCGGCGAUGGCGAUGAGCAAGCGUCGAAUUCCUCGUCGCGCAAUGGCGGCAAGGGACACAUUGAUACGAUGUGGAGGACGCGACGACAUAAGGGGAGCUGUCGCUGUUUGGGAUUUGGAAUUGGCGGCGAAACCCUGUACUCUGCUGGGACGGAUGGGCUGGUGAAAGUCGCAAAGGCGGAGACCGGCGUGGUUGAGAAUAAGAUUGCGAUUCCGCCGGAGAAAGAUGGGUCCGUCGAUGCUCCAACUAUUAUCCAUGCUCUCUCUCCUCAGACUCUUCUUCUCGCUACAGACUCCAGCGCUUUGCAUCUUUACGACUUGCGGAUUCCGUUCUCGUCUGUUUCCGCUAAGCCGCAGCAAACGCAUCAUCCCCAUGACGACUACAUCUCCUCUCUGACGCCGCUCCCGCCGUCGGAUGCAAGCACCUCUGGGUUCAGCAAGCAGUGGGUGACUACCGGUGGCACUACGCUGGCCGUGACAGACUUGCGGCGGGGCGUGCUCAUGCGCAGCGAAGACCAGGAAGAAGAACUAGUCAGCUCCGUAUAUAUCGGCGGGCUGGCGUCGAGCGGGACAAGCCGCGGGGAGAAGGUGAUCGUUGGCGGUUCCGGUGGUGUCUUGACGCUGUGGGAACGGGGGGCAUGGGAUGACCAGGACGAGCGAAUCUACAUCCAGCGGGGAACUGGGGGCGGAGAGUCUCUAGAAACGCUGUCGGUGGUUCCGGACGAGCUUGGAAAGGGCAAAAUGGUCGCUGUUGGAAUGGGCAGCGGUAGGGUGAAGUUCGUCAAAAUUGGCAUGAAUAAGAUUGUCUCGGAGCUUAUGCAUGAUGAGACAGAGGGCGUCGUUGGUCUUGGGUUUGAUGUGGAAGGACGAAUGGUGAGUGGUGGUGGACAGAUCGUCAAGGUCUGGCACGAAACCGCAGAGUCCAGGAAUGGUGAGAAGCGCUCGUUUGGAGAGGAUGGUGACGAGAGCGAUAGCGAUGAUUCAGAUGAGGGCGAUGAUUCAGAUGACAGUGACCGCGAGACUCGACAACGCGAUACCUCGCAGAAGAAGCGCAAGAAGCAAAAGGGCAAAGAUGGACGGGGUCGGGGUCAGGAUAUCAUGGCCUUUCACGAUCUAGAUUGAUUGUGAUUCCUCGAUAUUUCUCACCAUUAGUAUAAACUAAAAUAAUAACCGCUGAAUAUAAUUAACUAGAGCGCUU